UUGAGCAAAAAUUUCUUGAAGUAAUUCUGAUGAAAAUGAAAAUUUCAUUUUUUUUUUUAAAAAGGUACUAAAUUUUUCUGAAUUCUAAUGUUAAUCCUGUACAGUACAAAAGGUAAUAAUAUCAUCUUUAUCAACUAGUGUUUUUUAUAUAAUAAAAACUUUUUUUUUAUGAUUAAUAGGGCAAGUCUUUCUUUUUUCAUUUUUUUUUCUUUCUGAUAUGUCCCUUUAGUAAUAAUAGUUGAAUAUAAAAAUUAAAUAUAUAAAACCUGUAAUUUUCAAACUGAUUUAAUCGAAUUGCACACUCACCCACACUAUAAAAAUGCUGUGAACAUGAAUAUCUUGUGUGCAGCAGUGUAGUGGUGGUACCUCACUUUAUCCUGUACAGUACAGGAUGUAGUACUCAUUAUUUUUUUUCUUACGAUUUUGUGCUAGAAUCUUUGAAACACUAAUUGGUAACUGUUAGGGUGGCUGUAAGAAGAGGUACUUUGUUCUCAGCAAGUCAGUGUCGACCAUAGGUCUGAAGGAAGAGGAGGUGUGAGUGCUGCUCUUAUUGGAUCCAAGCAGCCAUUUAUUCUCAGUGUCCCAGUGUACUGAGUAGUUGAGUAAAAAGGUGCUUGAUAAACGUGCGAAGGCAUACAUUAACAACUAGUUGAAAAGAUUUACUAAAAUGGUUGCUUCAUAUGAAAUUGGAGAUCCUAUACGUUCCUUUGUUCGUGUCCCAGGAAGUGGAACAGACAAAGCAGUAAAACCUAUUUGCUGGGAUCUUGCUCGCUCUUCAACAGUUGCUGGAGCAGUACCUGUUCAGCCAACAAUCCCAUCAGCCAUCCCAAUAACUACAUUGUUCAAGCCAGCAAAAUCUGAUGAAGAAAAUAACAGACCUAACAGUGAAGAGCAAGGAGCUGUAGCUCAGGUUGAUGAGCAAACUGAAGAAAGAGCCUCUAUCAGUAAAAAUGCAUCUGCAAGCAAGCAGAAAAGCUCUGUGGCACAGGCAGAAGCAGGAAGACCAACUGAAGAACUAUGUCCAAAUAUAUUAAAUUAUAAACCUUGA